AUGGAUAAGAUUAAGGAGCGCAUGAGCGCCCUCCGCGUGGAGGCCGACGAUGCCCACGAGAAAGUCGAGGAGCUGAAGGGCAAGACCAAGACGCUGGAGCAGGAGAACUUGUCCAAGGAGCAGGAGAUCACAUCGCUCAACCACCGCAACCAGCUGCUUGAGGAGGAGGUUGAGAAACUGGAGACCUCUUUGAAGGAGGCCAAGGAUGCCGCCAACCAAAGCGCCCAGCAUGACACCCAGAACGAGGCUCUCCAACGCCGGGUGCAGCUCCUCGAGGAGGAGGCCGAGGAGAACGACCGCACUCUGCGGGAAACGAACGAGAAGCUCCGCCAAACCGACGUCAAGGCCGGCCACUACGAGCGCAAGGUGCAGGCACUCGAGACAGAACGCGACCAGUGGGAGAGCAAGUACGAGGAGAUGGCCAAGAAGCACGCCGAGUUGCAAAAGGACCUCCACGACCUCGAGGUGUCCAUCAGCAACGUCUAA